AUGGUAUCGUACCGUGAGAAUGGGACCUGGAAUAUCACAAAAAGAGGAAACUGUGAUGGAAUAAGGAAGACUACAGCAAGAGACGACAGAAUAAUAAUCAACGCCGUCAAAACAGACCCAUUUAUAAACAGUAAGGAAGUAGCCGGCAUGGUAGCAGAGAUGAUUUCUCGUAGAAGCGAUGCUUCUAUGGUCAGGCGUCAAUUAAUUGGAAAAAAACUUAAAGCGAGGCAUCAAGAGGUCAAGCCAUUGCUAACGGAAGCCGCAAUUUAUAAAAGGGUCCGAUGGCCAGUAUGUAAGGCGCCCGCGGUACCUCCGCUAUUAUCCUUAUUAUACCAGAAAAUCGGUGCGCCAUUCUCCAUCCUUUAUGGUAUGGGGGUUCUUCUAUGCCGCAGGAGUGGGAUGUUUGUUCUUUCUCCCUAA